CAUGCGUGAACGUUGCCACAGCAGCCGGCUUGUAACCAUGUGACGAAAGCGCGUCCAGCUGCGCGGCUCGGUGGCUCGACAGUGCGCCGUGUCUCCGUGUCUCGCUCUCGUUAUGGCAGACGGCGAGCGCUCACCUUUACUCUCAGAUCUCGGCGAUGGAGCUGCCGGCAGCGGAAUCGGCGGCCUUUCUCCUGGACCGAGUCCGUUUUCGCAACCCAACAAACCACAGAGUUUCCCACCGUUUCCAAGCCCGUCUCAGCCCUCUGUGCUUUUAGGGGAGGAUCCUCCACCCUAUUCACCCCUGACAUCACCUGAAAGUGGCAGUGCCCCUGUGAUCAGCUGCCGUGUGUGUCAGUCUCUUAUCAGUGUUGAGGGCAAGAUCCACCAGCAUGUUGUCAAGUGUGGUGUGUGCAAUGAAGCAACACCCAUAAAGAAUGCUCCAGCUGGGAAGAAGUAUGUGCGUUGUCCCUGUAACUGUCUGCUCAUCUGCAAGGUCACAUCUCAGCGCAUCGCCUGUCCACGCCCUUACUGUAAGAGGAUCAUUAAUUUGGGACCUGUACACCCUGGUCCAGCUAGUCCAGACCCACAGCCUAGUGGGGCCCGAGUGUCAUGUGGCCACUGUAGCAACACCUUCUUGUGGACAGAGUUUACUGACAGGACACUGGCCCGAUGUCCCCACUGCAGAAAAGUUUCUUCAAUUGGCCAGACAUAUCCAAGGAGGCGGAGUCUCUGGUGUUUUCUCCUCUGCUUGUUGUUCAGCAUCUCGGCUGCUGGACUUAUUGGGGGGACGUGGUCUAAGGCACAAUUGUAUGGAGGGAUAUAUGCUGCUUGGGUGGCCAUGCUGCUACUGGUCAUGGUGACUUUGGCCAGAGCACUCUAUUGGACCUGCCUACGGGUCAGCCAACCACUGCAAAAUUUCACAUAGAAAGAGAGCGGGGGGUGGGGGAUGGUUUGGGUGGCACUUGUGUGGUGGAAGAAAUGGUUGCGUGGGAGAAAUUGGGCAACAGAAUCAGACUUGUGGUAAAUAGUCUGAGAAAAAUGCUGAGCAAUGGAUGAAACAUGAAGCAUUAAGCCAUGUAAAAUAAUGAUUAAUUAUAAAUAUAAUAGAAUGGUCUGCUGAGGGGGAAGGAUGACUGGAUUGAAGGAUUGGGCUGAAAAUAGUUAUUUGUUUUAAGUAAAUAUUUAUUGAGCUGAACAUUGGAUCCUGUGGUUUUACCAAUGACUGUGCGCAAACCUACUGACACCAUACUGACACCAAAUUCUAGUGGCCCAGAAUAUUUUAAUCUCGCAUGUAACACAUACACGUAUGAAAGACUCCGACACUGGAUCAAUAGUGGUAGGUGUCUAUCAAAUUAUUUGGCAUAGUUGACACUAUAUGGCAGACAUGUUUGUUUGCACACACAAUCCGCCGACUGUUUUUGACUACAUAUCUGGAAAUUUGCCUCAACAAAAGAGCACCAGAGGUGUCGAGUAGGGUUUCGUCUUGACUGAUUAGUUGUGUGUUGCUAUAAUGUACUGUCAUAAAUAUUAGAAUAAGUGCAUUUGUAAAUGCUAUCAAUAUCAGUGCAUCUGCAGUCCAAAGCAUCAAGAGGCCAGAGAGUGACUGAGAACAGAAUGCUGUCUGUCCUCCCCAGUGUGGCUCUGCUUUAACAUACCAUCCACACCCACCUCUGUUCUUUCCAUAUGACCUUAUAAACCCAUACUUACUUCUAAUCUGUGAUUAUACAUAGGUGUAACUAUAUAUUGUGAAGUAAAAUUACUUGGCAUUAAUCAAAAGAAUUUCAUAUUUGAACUUACGAAUAUAAUAUGAAUAACAUGAAUUAUAAUAAAUAACAAAUCAGUAACAGAAUUCAGAGCAAAAGUCUCAUGGUGCUUUUUAAUUUGUAUUGACAUGCUUGCUAGGCAUGAUACAAACAUUUGGUCACCUUUUUUUAUGCAUUUUCACUUCAGGUCUAUGUGAAAUAAAUAAUUAAAAUAAUAUGGUGGGUAAGCAUGAUUUACAUACAGCUAAUAAAUUUCAUUUAAGAAUUGCACACAUGAGCAGACAGAUUAGUGUCACCAACAUACUAAAUUCCUUAAGGGGGUGCUGUAGUAAUGUUAUUGUAAUUUUAUUUGUAUUUUUAUAUAAAACCCCAUUUUAUGAUUCUGACAUAUCGAUACACCUAGAUAAAUAGUCUCACAUUCCCAGGUUGUUUUUCAGUUUUCCCCUUAAGGCUGAAUAUUUAUUUGUUCUUGUUUUACGACUGCGCCAUUGCACUAAGAGGAUCUAACAGUUCCUUAAAAACCUUUUUUUCUGUAAACACUACAUUUUAUUUUUUAAAAUUUGUGUUCGUGUACUUACCAUGAGAAGAAUUAUUGUAAUCUGUACACCCACUCUGCCUGAUGGGAACUACAGCGCUGAAAGGUCUCUGUUGGGCAUUCUCUUAUUUAUGAUCUGAAUGAUGAUGAUGAAGUCACCAAUACAUGACAUUUGUCAUGUCAUUAACUUGAAUAUGAUGCACCUGUGGUCAUAUAAAAUGUGCUAAUCACAUGUAUGUUUUUGUAUUUAACUGCUGUGUAUUAAAGGACAGUUUAGGACUUUAUGCACCGCUUAUUAUUUUUUAUUUAAAAAAGAUAACUCUUUUUUU